CCGACCCCAAGCAAGAUGGAUCGGCGCAAGGGCAGCGGCAGCCGCGACGCCAACGGCGGCGGCCUCGCGGAGGCGACGGCGUCCAGGCUCAGGUUCGAGGACGCCGACGAGGUGGCGGAGGAGGUGGGGAUGGAGGUCGAGGUGGAGGACUGCCCCGCCGCCGCCGCGGCGGAGGAGGUCAUCGGCAACGACAAGACCAGCGCCGACUACUACUUCGACUCCUACUCCCACUUCGGUAUUCAUGAAGAAAUGCUAAAAGAUGUUGUUCGGACAAGAUCAUACCAAAAUGUUAUUACCCAGAAUAACUUCCUUUUUAAGGACAAAAUUGUCCUUGAUGUUGGCGCCGGGACCGGUAUCCUUUCGCUUUUCUGCGCGAAAGCAGGAGCCAAGCAUGUCUAUGCGAUUGAAUGUUCCCAGAUGGCCGACAUGGCAAAGGAAAUUGUGAAAACAAAUGGGUUUUCUGAAGUCAUAACUGUAAUAAAAGGGAAAGUUGAAGAAAUUGAACUUCCCGUCCCAAAAGUAGAUGUAAUUAUCUCUGAAUGGAUGGGUUAUUUCCUCCUGUUUGAGAAUAUGUUGGACACUGUUCUUUUUGCACGAGAUAAAUGGCUGGCUGAUGAUGGAGUAGUCCUUCCAGACAAAGCCUCUUUACAUCUUACUGCAAUAGAAGAUGCAGAAUAUAAGGAAGACAAAAUUGAAUUUUGGAAUAAUGUAUAUGGCUUUGAUAUGAGCUGUAUUAAGAAACAGGCAAUGAUGGAGCCACUUGUAGAUACUGUAGAUGCAAAUCAGAUCGUCACUAACUGUCAGUUACUUAAGGUAAUGCCACACUUUCAACCAAGUUACGUAUUCUUUCUGUAUUUCUCUGGUCGAGUGACAAAUCAGCUCAUAUACCUGGUAAAUUUGUUUCAGACGAUGGAUAUUUCUAAGAUGUCAUCCGGGGAUGCAUCCUUUACUGUACCAUUUAAGUUGGUUGCAGAGCGUAAUGACUUCAUCCAUGCCCUUGUUGCCUACUUCAACGUGUCAUUCACCAAAUGCCAUAAGCUGAUGGGCUUCUCAACAGGGCCCAGAUCAAAAUCCACUCACUGGAAGCAAACUGUUCUGUAUCUUGAGGAUGUAGUAACUAUCUGCGAGGGGGAGACUCUGUCCGGCACUAUGACAGUUGCAAAUAACAAAAAGAACCCUCGGGACAUUGACAUUACACUUAAAUACUCCAUCAAUGGGCAGAGAAGCAAGGUGUCUAGAACACAGCACUACAAGAUGCGGUGACCAAUGAAAAAUUCAGCUACCCAGCCAUCCACUCAAUUUUCGCCGACCAAGUAUCUUGUGUUUCACAAUUGAUGAUUGUCCGUCAAUCUUGUAACGUGCGUUUGCGAGGAACCUAAGCCGAAAAUAGAAAGUAGUUUUGACUGGCAUGUUAAUGUAGGUUGCGAUAUUGCAAAUCUAUGUUGUGUUGCUUGCUGGUAGCUUGGCAGUGAUUUUGUGGAAAUUGUUGUAUUCGUUACAAAAUUGAUCUUAAUAGAUCACCACCCUCGCAAUUUAUGGGUGAGAUUUUCUGCCAUUUUCUA